GGAACUUUGGUGCUGCCGGACGCACAGCUUGCGGACGCGGGCGCGCAAGGCGGCAGGAGUUGUUUCCGGUCGGGUCGGUGGUCUGGGUUGAGUUGCCGCGGCGGAGGAAGGAAGAUGGAGACGAUUCUGGAGCAGCAGCGACGCUAUCAUGAGGAGAAGGAACGGCUCAUGGACGUCAUGGCUAAGGAGAUGCUCACUAAGAAGUCCACCCUCCGGGACCAGAUCAAUUCUGACCACCGCACACGGGCCAUGCAAGAUAUCUGUGUGCCAAUGUCAGUGGAAUUUGAGGAGCUCCUGAAGGCUCGAGAGAAUCCAAGUGAAGAGGCCCAGAAUUUAGUGGAGUUCACGGAUGAAGAGGGCUAUGGUCGUUACCUCGAUCUCCAUGACUGUUACCUCAAAUACAUUAACCUGAAGGCCUCUGAGAAGCUGGAUUAUAUCACGUACCUGUCCAUCUUUGACCAGUUGUUUGACAUUCCUAAAGAAAGGAAGAAUGCAGAGUACAAGAGGUACUUGGAGAUGCUGCUUGAGUACCUUCAGGAUUACACAGAUAGAGUGAAGCCCCUCCAAGACCAGAAUGAACUUUUUGGGAAGAUUCAGAAUGAGUUUGAGAAGAAGUGGGAAAACGGUACCUUUCCUGGAUGGCCGAAAGAGACAAGCAGUGCCCUGACCCAUGCCGGAGCCCAUCUUGACCUCUCUGCUUUCUCCUCCUGGGAGGAGUUGGCCUCCCUUGGUCUGGACAGAUUGAAAUCUGCGCUUUUAGCUUUAGGCCUGAAGUGUGGUGGGACCCUGGAAGAGCGAGCCCAGAGGCUAUUCAGCACCAAAGGAAAGUCCCUAGAGUCACUUGACACCUCCCUAUUUGCCAAAAACCCCAAGUCAAAGGGCACCAAGCGAGACACAGAGAGGAACAAAGACAUUGCUUUCCUGGAAGCCCAGAUCUACGAAUAUGUAGAGAUUCUUGGGGAACAGCGACAUCUCACCCAUGAAAAUGUACAGCGCAAACAGGCAAGGACAGGAGAAGAGCGAGAAGAGGAGGAGGAAGAGCAGAUCAGCGAGAGCGAAAGUGAAGAUGAAGAGAACGAGAUCAUUUACAACCCCAAAAACCUGCCCCUUGGCUGGGAUGGCAAGCCCAUUCCUUACUGGCUGUAUAAGCUCCAUGGCCUAAAUAUCAACUAUAACUGUGAGAUUUGCGGCAACUACACCUACCGCGGCCCCAAGGCCUUCCAGCGGCACUUUGCUGAAUGGCGUCAUGCUCAUGGCAUGAGGUGUUUGGGCAUCCCAAACACUGCCCACUUUGCUAAUGUGACACAGAUUGAAGAUGCCGUCUCCUUGUGGGCCAAGCUGAAACUGCAGAAGGCGUCAGAACGAUGGCAGCCUGACACUGAGGAAGAGUAUGAAGACUCCAGUGGGAAUGUUGUGAAUAAGAAGACUUACGAGGAUCUGAAAAGACAAGGACUGCUCUAGUGUUCAGGGACGUCUCAGCUUUUGGGCUUGCCCAGGCUUCCCUAAGAUCUGCUUUUUCUAUUUCCCAACCAGAUGCUCCUAAAGACUCUUUGCUACUUAGUCUUAUGGACUAGCGUGCAUCUUGUAGAAACAAGGCAUGCUGGCAGAUUGCAGGGUUGAGAUGUGUUUUAUCUUUGUUUUAUAUUAAAAACGAUUCUGUUGGAAAAUAAGA